AAAAUUUAGUGAUGUGAAAGACAUUCGCCUCGUGCCACUGUGAGAGCCUCGUAGCUGCGGUAAUUCAUUUCGCUGGCACAUCCAAGCCACAUCUACAAAUUUAUUCGAGCUACGCAGUGGCAACUGCUAAUGUUAAUUGUGUUCGGACGCGCACCUUAAAUCCCUGGCAGUUCGUCUUCUUUGAAUUGCAUUCUUCCUCCCGAGCAUGCUGAAACUUCAUUAUGCAAUUAUUUGCCUAUUAUACGGACAUCUUUCGGAGACCAUGGCCUUCCCAAGCAUUCUCAGUAACAUUAAUUGGAUGGCCGGAGUUGAGUCGCCAGACAGCUUUGAAUGGCCACAGAUCACAAUACCGACGAAGAGAGAAACCGCGCCCAAUGGAUCCACUAUAAUCUGGGUCAUUCAAGAUACCUAUGAGGGCAGUACUUUUUUCGAUACAUUUGACUUCUACACUGGUCCAGAUCCUACAAAUUUUGUUGACCAACAGACGGCAUUCAACGACGGCUUAGCAUAUGUAACCUCCGACAAUCAGGUCAUCAUGCGGGGCGACAAUACAACUCAGCUAGCAUAUGGGGUUAACAGAAGCAGUGUCCGCAUAGCAAGUCAGGCUCAGUACAAUAUGGGUCUCUUCAUACUGGAUCUAAACAUGGCUCCAUGGGGUUGCGGUGCGACAACUUUCUUCCAGACGGUUGGGAAUGGGCCAUGGCCAUAUACCGGUGAAAUAGACAUCAUUGAGGGUGUGCACGACAACGAAUACAACCAAGUCACCUGGCAUACUGCUCCUGAGCAAACGAAUGGCACGGAUAACCUUCAAUGCAAUGCGUUCAUCAACGACAACGCAGGGUGUGGCGUGACAGAAUGGAGCCACGCAUCAUAUGGCCCAUUAUUUGACGAGGCUAAUGGCGGUGUCUUUGCUAUGAAAUGGGAUGAAAACGGCAUCGCAGUUUGUACGUUCAUCCAUCCAAUUGGGGGUGAACCUGUUGCUGAACUGACCACCCAGUCGUGUAAUAUUACUAAUUACUUCGUAAAUCACUCGAUCAUAUUUGGUGACUGGGCCGGCAACUCAUACGCUACAUCAAAUUGUCCUGGCACGUGCGAGAGCAUACUGAUGGAUCCGGCUAAUUUUAUUAAUGCCUCUUGGAUCAUCAACUCGCUCAGUGUCUACAAGCAGGCUUGGUGGCAAGACAGCGGCACGUCGAGUGCAACCCGAGCACAUCCAAUUACGAAUUUAAAGACGAUUGGUUGGAUUAUUUCCACAAUAAUAUUCUUCCAAAUCGUGCAUGUCUCGCUUUAAGAUGCUGGCUGUCCAAGCAGAGACGUUACGAACUAUUAGACGAGCUAUCGUGGACGAUCAGCUGAGAGGAAUACACUAGUGAUACCACCUGUUGAUAGAUCUUGCACCCCUAAAAUUUUCCUUAUGACUCG